CGUACUGCCAGGUAGUAGUGGUUCGCCGCUCCGCUCGACCGCCCGUGCCUCUGUGCGUGUGCGUCGUGUGCGUGGGUGUGUGUGUGUAUAUGUGUGUGUGUAUGCGCGCGCGUGUGUGGCUGGUGUGCACGCGCGCGAGCCAGUACAAGAUGGGAAAUAUGUGCGCAUAGAGAGAGAGAGAGAGAGAGAGAGAGAAAGAGAGAGAGCGAGAGAGAGAGAGAGAGAGAGAGAGAGAGAGAGAGAGAACGGCUUUCCUGCGCGACGUGUUGGUGCCACUGCCGGAGGGGCCCUGUUACGUCGACACGUCGCGCUCGUUUUCGUGUGCGAGGCAUCGUCGUGGCUUGCCCGAGGACACCCAAGUCUCGGCAGUUGGCGACGGAGACCAGCCUCGCUCCGCCAUUUUCACCGUCUCCCUCGUGAGAGGUCCGAUGAGGCCCACCGGUGCUCCGCGUAGUGGUGUUAGCACGGCUGACGCCUCGCGGCCGCGCCUCUAAAUUCCACAAACACCGACACGCGCUCGAGCCGCUCAGCGAGAUAUAUUUACCCCGUAAAAUAUCCUCACGGCGGCGAGGAUUCCGCUGGACUCGAUGUCGCUUCCGUCGCUUCGACGUUCCCUCAUUAACGUUCGUCAGCCGACGGUCGCGUUCGAGCUGGCCGCGAGAAUGUACAUGUGCCUGAGUGUGCGUGCAUACGUGUGACAGCGUAUCGGUACACGUGGAGGUGCGUCGGUGAGGAACGACGACGACGACGCCACUGUACGCGCGCCGCAUACCAGUGAGGCCCCGGGCCCGGUGCUGCGGAGAGGGGGAAUAGAGGAGCCUAGAGCUAGCUGAGAGGAAGCGACGUUGAGACGGACGGAGAAGGUGAAACGGGGGGGAAAGAGGUGCGAGGAGGAAAGAAUACGCGACGGAGCGACGGAGAGAGCGUGAGAGGACAGACGAGAAAAAAAGAGAGAAAGAACGAAGCGGGGCCCGAUAUUGGCGCUGGUGGAGGGGGGAGGGUGACGGGGGGAAGGGAAGGGAGGUUGACUCGUAAGAAGGUAGCCAUAAUGGCCUGACGCGAUCUCGAGCGAGCGGCUACAGCUGCUGUGAAAUACCCGCGCCGCCGCACCGAGCUCCUCUCGCCGUUGCCGCGCGCGCGCGCGCGCGCGCGUGCGCAUAUUUUGCAACACGUCGUGCUGCGACGACGUGUACCGACGUAGAAGGUACGCAGGUCGAAUUCUGCCGUCUUCGGAGAGCGACUGUACCGCGGGCGGAGUCGUCUCAUUUGCCGUGGUCGCGCGAAUGUGUCGCGUGCUCGUUGCUACGCACAAUGAGCAUUCCCCGAGUCACCUUCGUGAUCCGACACCGCGUGUAGAAAGCGGAAGGCUGAUAAUUAACGCUCGAGCAGAUUCGUCCUGCGGUCGCUAUCUCGACUCUCUGUGACCACGUGAUCUGGUCCAAGCCCGCUUGAAUCUCGUCCGAGAAGUCAGUCGCGUACUGUCAGAGAUGAGGGGUGCCAAUCAGGAUACCGCCACGCCGUACUGCCGGUGCAGGGUGCUCUACCUAGGCAGCUCGGUGCCCCAUGCGAGCAAAGAGGGGCUCCUCGGCGUCCAGGAGCCUCUGAGGGAGCUGUAUCCCGAGCAAGGCGCAUUGGGCGCACGCGGGAUCGACUCUUGGCUGAGUGUGUGGAGCAACGGCCUGCUGUUGGAGAACGUGGACGAGCACCGCAAGAAGGUCACACGGUUCUUCCCCAUUGAAGCGCUUCAUUACUGCGCCGCGGUGCGACACGUCAAAGGUGGGAACGGCGAUGCUUCCAACACGCGAUUCCUGCCGUUGGACUCGCCGUUCGCACGAACGCCCAGCGCCAAUCAUCCGCCCUUGUUCGCCGCCGUGCUGCGGAGGACGACAGGCAUCAAAGUCCUUGAGUGUCAUGCGUUCAUCUGCAAGCGAGACAUGGCGGCCAACGCCCUGGUGAGAUGUUGCUUUCACGCUUACGCGGACAGCAGCUACGCGAAAGGUCUGGAGCCGUCGUCGGCGACGACAAACGGCGUGACGACGGGUCAUCAGUCGAACAAUAACAGCCUGUAUCAUACCUUGGGUGGUUCGAGCACCACCUUGGACAGUCCUCAGGCUAACCGCCUGGACGCUACGUCGACCGACGACCUCAGCCUGUACAACGGCGACGAGAAUCACAAAGUGUGGGCAAGAGGUCGCGACGAAGUCGACGGCCUUUAUCAGGAGCAAGGCACCCUGAGAAGCACCAAGGGAUCCAGGCCGCGCCAAUUAGUUGCUCCGCCGCCGCCACCUCCGCCACCACCUCCUCCCGCUCAACCGUUGCUACUUGAGGAAUCCUCCUCCUCUUCGGCGCGAAGAAAGACCAACAAGAAACUCAAGAAGAUGAAGAAUCGCUCGUUGCACGAGGACAUGUUGCAACAGCAGCAGCAGCAGCAGCAGCUCCUCCACCAUCAGCUGCACCAAGGCGUGUACACCAACGGCCACGGUCAUCACACUCUGGGCCACCCCAUCAGGCAGCAACACUACCAUCCCCAUCCGCUGCCACCCAGCAGCCGAUCCGUUGCCGGCACUUUAGCCAGACCGGCGCCGGUUCUGCUGGUGCCAGCUGCCACCUUACCGCGGAAAAGCCAUCAUCACCCGCGUUUAAGGCCUAUUCCGGCGGCAGCGCCUAUAGUUCCGGUCUAUGCGCCUCUGCCAGUAGUACCACCAUCUGCAGCCCCGGCAGCUGCCAUUUACCCAGCGGGAUCAUACGGCACCGCCGGGAACAGAGGCAGGAGACAUCCGGAGACGGACAACUCCACUUUGGGCACGUCUAGGCGGUUGGCCGCCUCGCAUGCCGAUCUUACCGUACCGGAAGUCACGCGGGCGGCGGAUAGUCCGGAAAACGAGUCCCGCUUUGGCACCGGGAUCUACCGGCGGAAGGGUCACCUGAACGAGAGAGCCUUUUCUUACAGCAUUCGAGCGGAACACCGAAGUAGAAGCCACGGCAGUCUGGCUUCCCUCGGCUUCAGCGCCCAGAACGGCAACGCGUUGCCCAAGGAAGAGAAGAAGGAUCGCGAGAUCGCCCAGCUGGUCGCCGGGUUGAGUCUCAACGAGGGACCGGAGCGAACGCAGCCCUCGAACUCGAGGGGUGGAUAUCCCCAUCAUCAUCAGCAACAGCAGAUGCAGCCGCUGCCCAGGCCGAGACCCCGUUAAAACCAUUGCUCAAGACUGACCUCUUUUAGUGGCUAUCUUGAAUCCUCUAGGGUGGAUACCCAGACUGACUUCUGGAUAUCCCUCGGAAACGGAAGUCCCGCCCCUUGUCCGCAAAUCAUCGUUUCCCGUAGCCUUGGCGUUAGAUCGACACACCCUUGUAGAAUGUUUCAUUUCGCCGGCCGAUUUGACCGUCGCGAAUUUGUUCGCUAAUCAAAUUACUCCCUUUCCCGUCACGAAUCGGAACGUCGCAAACAGACACGUCGCGUCCGCGCGCGUCACCGCUGUCGAUGGUCACAGUGUGAAUUGUAAGGAAAAACCUCCGUGGAAUUCUCUCCUCCUUUAUUAUUCAGCGAUGUAGACAAUCGCUCGAGGUGAGUUUUGCUCUUUCCGGCUGAUUGCGCUGACGCAAGAGCGACUUCGUUCAGAUUAACAAACGUCUUACUGCGGCUUACCUCCUCAAGCGUAACACCUGCGUUAUGGUGAGGAACGAUUUUAUGUUCCGUCAUCGCGUCACGUGGAAAAAGAUUGGCAUUGCGAAACAUCGCGAGUCCGCGGUGCAGUUUUUUUUACCUCGGACGGUGUUUCCGAGCGUGUGCACGCGUAUUCUCUCUCCUUAAUUAAUCCGACGACAAUGCUGACUUUUUGAGUACAGAGCGGAUACACUUUGAUGGACGUUAUCCCUCAAUCACGUUGUCUUAAUUUUACAUCUGGUGAGAGUUCGUGUCGUUAAGCCGGAUGAGUAUUCUGAAAUGUGAAGACGAAAAAUCAGUGAAAUUCAUGAGAUCACACGAUGACAUAACGCCCCGAGGAACGCAACGACCUUCUCGUUGCAGAACGAGCUAAUUAGGCGACAAUUAUUGUCGUCUUAUGAGAGAGCAGUUCUGCUGUCUGAAGCUCAUUACACGAAGGCGCGUAGCAUGGAAGAGAGGCUACCGCGCCUCUAUUAUUUCCUCUGUGAAAAUGAAUGUCGGCAACUUUGCGGAAAGUUCCGAUGUCGUCGAUAUUGCAAGUUAUUCCUUUUGGCAAGUAUCUUUAACGUCUCGAGUGCAAAAUCAGUCUCAUAAUCGCCUCUCGGUCCGCUUCUUUUCCCAGGAAAUGUCGUUCUAAGAGAAAAAUUAUGUCAGCGUGAGAUAUAAUUUUUUCUAUCGCAUGACCGCGCACACAGUUCAUCACCAGUUUCGAUUUAUAUGGAUCGGAAGAGAAAAUGAGAUAACCCAGUCGUGCAAACUGUGCCACACGAAGAGCAGAUAAAAUCAAUCGGGUUGUAGAUAUUCACAUUUCCAAUUCGCGAGAAAGAGACGUCGCGUAUAUUAUAUCGGCCGCUCUACUCGUAGAGCGACCUUGUUUGUGACAUUUUACGGUCACGCGCGCGUUUGCUGAACCUUUAUCGCGGUGUAUUAACACCAACGUCGUAAGAGCUUCCACGCGAAGAGAAAAGGAAUGACGACCUUGUUACGUAUCGGCGUAUGAGACUUAUAUAGCGCACAAAUAAACAAUCAAGUGUCACCGUAAGUGUGCCGUACCUUUGCUACCGUACAUUCGAACGAUUUAUCCGUAUGAUUUUUAUCACCUACGAAACGAUCAUACGCGACGCUCUCAAUUCCGAAAGUUGCAGCGGAAGAGUCCGAAACUGCUGAAAUUUCCCACUUAUUGCGACCACCUGCUCGUUUGGUAUUUCGCGUGCAUUGAUCUCGUGCGAAUAUAACGUAGGAUAGAGGAACAAUUCACAUGUUGGCGAGACAUGUGCUUCUGAGGAUGAGAGAGAGAGAGAGAGAGAGAGAGGAGAGAGAGAUGACUAUGCUGUAUUAUAAAUUGCGCAUUAAUCUUGCAGUCGGUAGCAAGGCAAAUGUGCUCACCGAUUAAAAAUACCUAAUGCAUCGACGUUCUUUCGCGCACACGUCAACGACGAUGAUGAUCACGUCAAACGAUCUUAAUCGCUCAGUCGCUUUCAUUAACAUUUUCAUUCCUUUCAAUCGCUUCACCGCGGUUACGUAAUUGCGCGAUUCGCAAUGUCAUCUGCGAACCCUUGAAAUUCUUGAAACACUCGUUAAUGCUCGAAAUUUGACAAAGCAGCGGCUUUCUGUCUUUUGUCAACAAUGCCGGCUCAAAGCUAAAAAUAAACGAUGAGUCACACUUUUUUAAAUGAUUCAUGCGCGCAUAUUAGUAUUCAGCGAAUAGUGAUCAGCGCUACGUAAGAACAAUUAUCUGCCAUUACGCAAGUCGAACGUGCUAUUCAAAUGCUGCACGGAGAAGCGUUUCUCCUUCGAUCGGCAUUUCAUCGAGCGUGCCGAUUAUGGGCGAUAAAAAAAGCCUUCGCCUUUCGCCACGAAUUUCUCCGAGCGAUGCGAUAGGUGUUACGUGGGAAAAUAUCGGAGCAGAAUGCAAUAACGACCAAAUAUUCGUGCGCAAUUUCUCUCUCUCUCUCUCUCUCUCUCUCUCUCUUUCUCUCUCUCUCUCUCUCUCUCUUUCUAUCUUUCUCUCUCUUUUGUCUCUCGUGCGCAUUUCUAUAUAAGUUUCACCGAAAUAUAUAAUUAAAAUUUAGAAUACAUCACCGCAUACACGCGCUUCUCCAGAAAAUGUAAGAUGAUGAAAAAUAACGCUUUAGUGACAUUCCCUCGACGCUUUGUGGUGAAGAAAAGUCAAUCUUAGAUGAGCUAUUAUCGCAUUCGCAGCGGGAAUAUUACAUAACCGACACACUCACGCUCCAAAUUGGCAUUCAAGUGGAAAGAUAGUACGUGUAUGCGGUCAGAGAAUUGCAAGAGAAGCAACUCACUUCAACUCACAGAAAAGAGAAAAAGAAGGGAAAGAAAUCAAUCGACACGGGGCUUCGAGCGGAAAAUUACAACGAUAUGCAGACAUUCCUAUGACAUGUCAUCGCGAAAGCGGCGCAUUAUGCAAAUCGAAAAGCAGCAAACGGUGUUUUAUCAAGACGACAGCUUUAGACGAUUCUUUAUAUUCUGAUAAAAAAAAGAGGAAGAGAACCGUGAGUUACACCAGCAACUACAUAUUCAACGAGCAGUUAAACAUUCCACCGUCGACGCGUUUAUUUGAAGGAAAAAGAAUACGCUUACACAAAUGAAGAUGCCACAGCGUCGCACGGAGAAAUAAAGAAUUCCACGCCACUGAUUAUUAUCGCAUACAUCGGUCGCACCGCGAGGCAUGCGCACACCGGUAUUACUCAUCCGAUUGUCGUCGUUACCACGCGUUGUUUCCGCGCCAAGGCUGCUACCCGAUCGCGGAAUUCCCCCGUUUAUGUUUCCUUCCAUCCUGCCUACCGCGCUUUUCCCGAGUGUUCCCGCGUGAAAAUCAAAUCGGCCGUCCGUCGAAGGUAAAGGUGUGUAUCUCUCCACCGAAUUUUCCAUCGCAUUUCCAACGAACCGACAGAAGUCACGAUACACACGUUGCCGAUUUAGGUACUGAGGUAGAAAGUGACUGCGAGACAUUUGUAAGCCGACCGCGCCACGUGCCGGCGCACGUGCGAUAUAGGCAUAUGUACGAAUACAAGAAUACCUAUACGUACUUAUAUAUGUAUAUUUAUCUAUACUUAUAUAUGUAUAUUUUACCAAAUAAGCCAGUCAGAGAGAGAGAGAGAGAGAAAGAGAGAGAGAGAUAAUGAAGUGAACAUGCCAUUGAAGCGUGUGCGGAAAGUGUGUCUCUCGAUUCUCGUCGACAUGUAGUGCAAUGUCGUAAAUUGCGAAUGAACGAGAAGAGAGAGAGAGAGAGAGAGAGAGAGAGAGACGAAGAAGAUCCGUAGAUUUGUAGUUACGACUCUUAGCGAGGUAUAUAGGUGUCUAUACAUGCUAGAAACGUCGCGUUUUCGAGCAAAAUAGUCGGAGUGUCGAAAAUGCGCAAUUGAGAUGACGACAAACUUUCCGUACGAGUUAAGAGUGGAGGUUGAAGGCGAAUUUCGACAUCGCGGGCAUAUCACGCUCGCUCGGACACGAGACGCGUUAUUUCAUUUACGGUGCAUAUAUUGCAUUACAUGCACUAUGCACGCAAACCCCUUCCCGUCAUCGUCGUCGUCGCUAUCGUCGGCGGCGGCGGUGGUGGCGGCCACAUUCCGUUCUCCCGUGUAAUUUUCAGGGUUAACCGCAACCGUCGUACACGAAUACUCUAGUUUCAGGAUUGCAACAAACAACUGGUGGAAUGCUAAUCACCUUGAUUGGCGGCUUAUGUAGAGCGCGCUUUCCCGCAAGAAAAAAGGGCUCGCUUCCGUCGAUUUUUUCCUCUUCAUCAUUAUUUCCGAACGAGUCAAUAGUCAGACUUGAGAUUUCAGAAACGUUCAGCGGAGGCUUGUGCGUCUUGUGCGUGUACAUGUGAGGAAAAUUACUCGAUUAUCAGACUGUGACAAAUUUCCAGAAAAGAAGCGUGCCGGUGAAAGAAUCUCAGAGUCGUUUCGUCCGCGUGUGCGUGCGCCCGACGAGAAGUUUCGUCUCGUUAGAAGGAGAAAAAUGGAAUAGUGAAAGGAUCUUUAGAAGUGUUUCUCUUCCCUGGAUAUCACGACGAAAAUGCAGCUAUUGUCAGAAUUUCCAAAAAGAAAAAAAAGAAAAAAAACGAGAAGAAAGAGUAACAAAGAGACCUUAUAACGUCUUUCCCUUUUCUCCCGGUAAGACAACGGCUCGAUCUGAUCCAGCGGUCCUAAGGUGGCAGUGUGUGACAAUGUAUCGGCGGGCUCCGGGUCCGUUUAUCUUAGCGUUUUUCUUCUUUCGCCGGGGAGAAUGCAGCCAUACUUUUAAUACGAGGAAAAAUGUACUAUAUACGUAUAGGGUAAAAUAAAAUGUUUCAUGAGAUUCAUGUGGCCGACGAUUUGUGAUUAUACUAGAAUUGGAAUGCAACGGACGGCGCUGGUAUAAGUGCUGUUCGGCGUAAAAUGCAGCUACGACCGGUAUCACACACACACACACACACAGGCGCAGUUACAGCGUCGCAUGUCGUAACUGUAAAGUCGUAUCUCGACUCAAUCGACCUGCACAUUCGAGCAAUCACUAAUCGUCUUCCAUGAAGUCGAGGUCUGCCGAUAUACGUUCGUACGCCAAAUAUACCGUGCCGAUGCGACGUAGCGAUGUAUCAAUUGUCUGUGACAGUACAUUAGAAGCCGACUUGUAUUCGUAUCGAUGAUAUUUGUAUCGCUCGGUGAAUACGCGCAGCCUUCGGUGCUGCGACUGAAAAGUCGCAGUGAAGGAAGAAAGAAGAAGGAAAACGCGACACGACGGAUUAGGAAAUCGGCUUAGGUUAUAUCAGAAGUAUCAGUGAUACCUCUCGUAUCUUCGUCACCGAGUUUCGUUUCACUCUCGAAUUUGGGUUUCUCGUGCAAUCAUCGUGCAAUUAACGCUGUCGUCUGCAAUCACACACGUGUGUUCUUCGCUUCGCACUUGGCCGUGUCCCGACCUGAAACAAUAUCGCGUAAUGCGCGACAGGCCACGUUAUUCAAAUAUUGCUCGCCAAUCGCUCGCGUAAGAAGAUACGCAAAGCGGCACAAGAAGCGUGUACGGGAAUAAUGCCUCGUUCUUCUCUUUAUUUCUUAUCGUUUUUCCAGCGGUUGCCGAUGCUGAUGCGCCGGCGAGCCAACAACCGCCGGAAGAACGGUACAAGAUAAGGAAUUAUCUUGCAUUCGAAAAGGAAUGCUAAUGGCAUCCGAAUCGGUACGCCACUAUCGCCGUUACCUGCAACUUUCCCUGACUCGCUUCUUACUCGCGGAAGACAAAAAGCUCGGUUCGCGCAAAACUGAACGAACGACCGGGAUGACAGGGAGCGAUGUGUCUCCGCCAUGACGAGCUUUCGGCUGCGCUGAGAGAAAUUCGGCUGAGAUAAACGACAGCUGUUUAUCGAAUGGAGAAUUAUUCCCCUACGGGAAUCUUUCCGUUUCGAGCUCUCGCUCGAUUCUCCAGACAGCGGAAAGUCAGGUGCGAGAACUGAGUCUCUUUUUUCCGCACGCAAAGCGCGAAAUGAAAAAUUGCACGAUUAUUGCGCGGAGUGGAGUACACCAGCGCGCAUCGCUACACCAUUGUACGUCAAUGGAUGUACCGUAAGUUGCACGGUGUGUAUGCGCGUAUGUACGUAUACAUAAUAUGCGUGCGUGCGUGCGUGUGCGUGUAUGAAUGCACGCGAGAGCGCGACAAUUCAUUCGAGGACGAUCGCGUCGCACAUAGAGAGACGUGUUGUUUUGUUUUUCCUUUUUUUUUCCUUUUUUUUCUUUUUUUUUUUUUUUAACUCUCGCGUCUGAUACGAGCACUGAUAGGAACGUGCCAUCAAGAAUGCGAAGGAAGACUCAUUAAUUUUAUAACUGCAUAUAUAUACGCGCGUAUAUAUAUAUAUAUAUAUGUGUAUGUGUGUGAGUAUGUAACACGUACGGUACGCACACGGGGAGCGCGGUGAAUGGCGAGGAACGUGGACGGAUCCUUCUCGCGGCGAGAGAAAAUGUGAAAAUAUGCGACGUUGCGUAAGCCGCGUGUGCGGAGACGCGCUUUUCCUCGGCGACGAAAGUGCAGCCGGCGCACCGUAAUUGCCUCUCUCGCGAACGCUUCCGCGUGUGCGUACGCUUAGAUUAAUGUCAUCAAGAGGAACACAUUGCAUGUGAAUAUACUGUAUACGCGUCUUUCUGUUUCUUUUUUCUUGUCCUAACAAAUAAAUAUACCAUUAACUGUGUAAAAUAUAAAUCUCGUUGAAGAGUGAGUCGUUCGAUGUUUCUCGCACACCAGUCUCCGCGGCAACAAUCUGCAUUGCCGAGUCCCCCGCAAGCAAGGCGACGAUAUUAUCAUCGCGACGAUAUCUGGAUUGACAAAACUAACGAGAUUCGAGAAUGUAUUUAUAUCGAUACAAAUAUACUAGAGAUUAAUAUA